CAGACCGAGGAACAUCUACCUGUGGAUCCGCACGGUUUCUCCGACUAGCUCUCCGGGGUUUGGAACGAUGCAGGUCCCAGCUAUGCCUCUUGGAAUGUACGGGUACCACUUGCAGUCUUGGGCGCCUGUCUACCCAGAAUACGCAAGCAACAACAGCCCUGUCCCAAAACCUUCCAACGGGAAAUCUUUCACCAUCGACGCUUUGCUGGGCACGUCUGAGCAGCCUUCCGCGACGUGUGAGCGGGCAAGCCCUCCUCACUGUGGAGGAAACUGCCAGCCUGCUGUCCCUCCGCUGUCGCUCCAGCCACCGCUGUGCCCGCAGAUGGCUCCGCACCUCUACACGCCGAGCUUUCUGCAGUCGCACUCGGGAUACCCUGUUUGCUACUACCCGCACCUCUCUUACCAGGAGCCCUGCCGCGGAGGUUUUUACACUCAAGCAGACCCCCAUCUUUCAAAGAACAGCGUGCCAUCUUUCAAACACAAGCCGGGGAAGUCAAAGCGAAUGCGCACCAUCUUCACCAACUUGCAGCUCUCCCGGCUGGAGAAGGAGUUUGCGCGACAGCAGUACAUGGUCGGCUCGGAGAGAUUCGUCCUGGCGUCUUCCUUGCAACUCACCGAGGCACAGGUUAAAGUUUGGUUCCAGAACCGCAGGAUCAAGUGGAGGAAACAGACUCUGGAGCAACAGCAAGCGAAACUGGCGAAGCUUGGUCUCGCGUCGCCGGAAGACAGCGCGGACUCUCAGCAGGGCAGCGAGGGCAAGCAGGAGGAAACUGACGGCUCCGAGGAGUCCGUAGACGAACUCGAGGUCUCCUCGCCCCAAAGCUGAGGGGCUUCCAGCUUGAACUGUCCCUUCCUGAGCUCCACAGCCACUCGACUGUAUAUAGCCAAUUGUAUAAUACAUAUUGUAUAGCCUCAAUAUUUUAAGAUUUGUACAAAUGUGUAAAAUAUGUAUAUUACACGUUGGCUUUUUGCAGCGCAAUGUUAUUAUUUAUGAUACAUGUAUAUAUGAUUUGCACCCGAAGGAAGCUCAACAACCAAAGCGUUGAGUCGCCUUUUUUAUUUUCCAGUGUGGAAUUAACUGUUAGUUGUUACUAUGUAGCGAACGCACCCUGACACAGCUCCUUACUCAGUACUAUUUAUUACCUUGUA